UGCAGAGAUAAAGAAGCUGCCCCAGUGGGAGAGUCCGCUGCGUUCUUGCCGGUGAAGAAGACGUCGACGACGACCGCGAAGGGGCUAUCAUGGCGCAGGUUUUGAACCUCAACAAUGAGCAGAAACUGAUUCCUUUAGGAGGAGGGAGAAUCUGGGGCCUGAGUGAAAGGGGGGCUCGGCCUAGAAUCCCUAUGUAGCUGGAAGAGAACUAUACUGUGUGCACAAUUAUUAAGCAAGUUGUCAAGAUGAGAAAAGAAGUGAAGAAAAUCAGAGUCUUAACAAUUCGGAAACUAACUAGGCAGAUUGCUAAACUGAAGGGGAAAAAGGGUACUAAAGAAGCUGUGUUGAAAAACCAGAGACGUGCGCAGAGAUUACUAGAAGAAAUUCAUGCCAUGAAGGAAAUAAAACUUGAUGAGGUUACCAAAUCAGCACUUGGGAGAGAAAUUGACUUUGGGAUUAUCUGUAAAAAGCCCAAUUCUACAGCAAGAGACAGAGCAAUUGCUAGAUUGACAUCUCAUCCAUUACUGAAGACCAAAAUUGCUAAUAUUAAAGCUGCGGUGAAAGAUUUUAAAAAUGCAAGACAGAAGCCAGCUAGAGCUAUUUCUUCAACGGAACAACAACUGGAAGAGCAGCUUAAUAAGCACCCUGAGGAGACCCAACAUUCUAUUAGUAGCGAAACAGUUAAACAAGCUGAAUCUCAAGAUAAAACAAAGGCAAUUGAAAAAGCACAAACCGAUAGAGGGGAAAAACAUAUUUUUGAGAGUGGAAUAGAGAAAAUGGCAGAUAAUAUGAAAAAAUGUUCCUCAUACACUUCUGCUGUGCCCGACACAGAAAAUGAAAAAUUAAUUCAUCAAAUUGGAAACUCCAAAUAUUCACAAGAAAAAAUAUAUUUGAAUGACACUGUAAACAAGACAAUAGGUGACUCUGAUGAAGAUGUGGAUAAAAGUGAGGACAGUAGAAAGGAGGAAUGUUUCGAUGACAGUACAGAAGAGAGGUUCAAUAAUCAGUCUUCCGGCACUGAUGAAAGUAACAAUAAUGAUGAUUUCUUCAUUGGCAAAGUAAAGAGAAUGAAAAAAAAGAGAGCGGCUAAUGCUUCACAACCUACGGAACAAAAAAUUAAAACUAUGCCGCUAAAAAAAACAAAGAAUCCACAACGUGACAGGGUAUUAGACCCAAAUUCAAAAGAUAGCAUCCAGAGUUCCAUAACAAUGAAUCCAGGAACUCUGUAUUAUCACGUAAUGUCCGACACUCAACCUAAAAUUCUGAAAAGGAAUAUUAGAGGCCAUUAUAUGAGAGACAGGACAAUUUUUGAAAAAAAUAACCCGCAGAAACGGAUGUCUCAAAGUUCGGCAGUGAAACAUACUAUUGGGAGGGACCCUCCACAGCAACCACUUCAUCCAUCAUGGGAAGCAAGAAGACAAAUGCGAGAGCAAAUAUCUCAAAUUACAGCAUUCCAAGGGAAAAAAAUUAAAUUUGAAGAUUAGAAUUUUCUUUUUCAAGAUGGCAUCGCUUUUUCUUUUUUUUUCUUUUUUUUCUUUUUUGCAGUUAUAUAUUGACAAUCCUGCAGCAUAUGUGUGAAGCAAUAUAAGCUAAAAAUAAUUACUUUGAGGAAAAAUAAUUUUUCACUGUAUAACAUUCCUGUUUUGACAUUGGCACUUUUGUCAAAAAAAAUUUGGCAAACAUAUUUUUUGUUUACUUUUUGUUUUUUUGUGGAUUGAUUCUGGUCUGUCACCAUAUGUAGAGUUCCUUCAUGGAGAAUAGUUUGAAUCUUCUAAGUUCUAUUGCUGAUGAUCUACAAGAUAUUAACCAAGAGAGGAAGAAGGAAGCUCCAAAUAACUAAAUUAAAACUAAGAAGUAAAUGGAUUUUUAUUUAUUCAACCUUCAUUAUAGCAUUUAAAAGCUAAUUCAGAUGCAAGUUUGAUUUUAUGGUUUGUUUGUUUUUGCCAUUUAGCCCCUACUCAACUGCUUCUUUCUGUGAUUAUGGAUAUAAAACAGAAACAUGUAUGUAGUCUGCAGAAUCUGAUGAAUCUUAUGAAAGUAGACUGAUGCCUUUGAAAGGUUAUACCAUAAUAAAUCUAUAAUUUAAAAUA